UCGGCUGUCAAAAUUAGAAGAGUGAACAACAUUUAAUGUAUAUGAAUUCUGUAAGGGAAAUCCACGAAGGAUAUGACAUGCGCAUGGAAUGGAUAAAAACUUUAAUGCCAAACAAAUUGUAAAAAAGUCACAAAUGGCAGCAGAAAAGUUGAAAAAAUCGGCGUCUAAAAGGAAGAAAAAGACUAAAAAGCAGUGUGUCAAGAGUGAUCAAAGCCCUGAUUCUUUAGAAAUAGAAGGAAUAGGAAACUUUGAUCAAGGAGGAGCAGACUCUGACUCCUCAGUUCCUCAGCCAGCAGGCACUGCCUCUCCAAGUCCCUCUUGCAAAUCAGCCCCUGCCGGUGACUCAAACACCCCUGCCACCACCCAGCUGCGAACGAUCAUUCAGAAUGAUUGCACCAAGGUGUCAAAGAUUUCAAAACCACGCUCAGCCCCUAAGCUGCCUUCGGGGACUAUAUCUGAGUCUGUAGUGUUGAAACAUACUCAAUCUGCAAGUAUUCUUGACUAUAAAGACAUUAGUUUACCUGAUAGAAAGAUUUGUUCUGUGUCAUUCUCAGACUUAAAUGAAGUUCAGUCCAUAUCUCAAAGUCUUUCAACAAUGUCUGUGAAAUCGAAAAAUGGCUCAAAGAGUAAAGCGAAAAGCUCCAAGAGUAGUGCAACAAACGGUGCUUCGCUAAAAAAGGAUAGAACAACAAGAGUAGAACCAUCAAAGAGUUCAAUUAAUAAAGCUGCAGAGGAAGCUGCUAGGUUAAGAAGUGAGGAGAGUCUUAGAUGGGAGUUUGCUUUAGAAGAUGAUGAGGCAGAAAGGGAGAGAAUAAAAAUAUAUAAAAUGAACCGCAGAAAGCGGUAUCUGGCAGCGGCCCAGGAGAAAGGACUUGGUUGGGUUGUCAACUAUGGGAACAAUGGUUCGCCCAUUGCUGAGGACUCACCUUCAGAAUUAAGGGACAGAGACCCAGUCAGGGCCUCUGUUACUGACUUUAGCCCUGUGAGAAGCCUAAUUGCUAGUCAGAGCAAUACUCCGUUAGGUUUAGGAGGUGAAGUGGCAUGUUAGGUAAACAGUGUUCCAACACUGAAAGUGCUAUGUAAUAUAUGACGGAUGCAAAUGAGCUUACCAAGGUCUUGUCAGUGUGUCCCCCGCUCUACAGUGCUCAGAGUCUAAUGCAAACUUGGAAGCCAAGGCACUCAUAUGGUUGUUGUAAAUUAUUAUGCUGAGAAGAAUACUACUGGAAUUAAGUGCUAUUCAUGUGGAUGACAGUUUGAUGCACUUAUUUAAAUUUUAUACAUAGAUUCUCAAAAUGUUUGUCAAAAUCCAUAAUAACUUUUGGUUCCUCUGUAAAGAGGAAGCUCAGACAGCUGCACAAGAUCUGCGAGAAGAUAAAAUGGAUCACUGCCUUCAAAGAACAAGUUUUAAAACAAUUUUAUUAGCAGUGUCUAAGUCACUUUAAGUUCUGUAAAACUAAACUCUUAAUUCUCAAUUAAUUAGUUUUGGAAUUGUUAGGGUAUUAAUAACUGGUGCUUUAUUAAGAUUUAUUUAGUGAAUAGAUCUUUUAACAAAUUUUAAUAAGCAUUAUUCUUAGUUAGUGUUUUAUUAUUUUCUUCACAAACGUGUCAAAUUUUUUUUUGGCACAUUCAUUAUAAACCAUUAUUUAAUUGCAUCUUUGAUGCUAAUAUAUUUCCAUUCAAUUUACUGCCAUACAUUACAAUGAAGUUCAUAUAAUUAACAUAGAUUUUAAUUUAUAUUCAAACUGUUUGGAAAUGGUUUUAGCAGUGAAUUUUUAGUUUUAUGUCUAUAGCAAGCUUGUAUAUUGUCUAUAAAACUGUGAAUGUGAAACUUUAGCAGUUGCUCUUUCUGAUAUCAUUUUGUUGUGACUAAGUAUUAACUUUCAAUAAAAAAAAUUUCGACUGAAAAUCGGGGGCAGCAAUUUGUCCCCCCUCCUCCCACCACCCUCUUUUUAUUAACAUUUAAAACUAGUACAAAUGUGUUUAAAGGAAGUCUUUUCCCCUGAUUUUUUUAAUCCAAGUUCUUAUAGGGGGCUGUGUUUGUUUUUUGUUUAAAAUAUGCUAUGAUAAAUCCACAAUUUUAGGCAAUUUGUCACUAAUUUCACAAUUCUUAGAGCCCUUGUCUCAUUCACAAAAAGGUUUAAAACACUGACAUUAAAGGUGCUCUUGCAUAGCUUUGCACUGAAAUACAGUCAUUAUCUUUUAAAUCCACGUUAAAACAUUUAUAUUAUAGAAAAUUUCACUGUUAGAUUUCAGAAUAAUGUUGAUUUUUGCCAACUUUACCAAUGUUUUAGCUUAUCUAAUCAGCAACAUUAAUGGGGAACCUGUUUGAAAUAUAUGGCACAAGCACCAGAAUUGUUGUUAUGUGACGUUUUUGAUAGUAAAGAUGUAUUAUCACUUGCAUGGGUGGUCUUCUAUUAUAAUUCCAAAUGCCUUACUUAUUCAAAGAGAUUUGAACAUUUAUAAACAAUUCCUGCAUGUUGCAAGCUUUCAUUUUCUUAAGUUACAAGUCUCAAUAUGUUGGAAAUAGCUGAUUGAGCUAAUGUUUCUUGUUAACAUAUAUACCCCACUUUAAAUAGAAUUUCUUGUAUCUUGUACAUAACAACCUGAAAAAACACUUCUUAAAGGGACUUUCACAUUUUAUAGGGUCAGACAUCAAACAAAUUAAUUUUAUGUUAAAUGUGAAUAAAAUGCUUGUUUGAAUGAUAAAACACCAUUAAAAGUUCAAAUAAGAUCUCUUUUGUUAUUAUGUUUUGAAAAAGAUGACAAGAUAAUUAUGCUUUAUUUUGUUGAGAAGCACUGAUUUAAGACUUGAAUUUGAAAAUUCUGUUUUAAAUUUGGUUUCUGCUAGAUGCUGUUUGAUUUUUGUCCACAGUUAGUAAAAUAGGUACAUGCGUAAUAUAGCUAAUUUAAAAAAAUCUAUGAGUCCCUUUAAAAGUAACUACGUAUAUGCCUUGGCCUCAUAUAACUGUGAGAGAGUCUGUUUAAAGUUGCAUAUAGACUUUUUUAAUUCUUUUACUUCUAUUACAGGUUUAGUUCCUAUUCACAAUUAAUUAUACAAUUAUGCUGAUUUUAUUCAUGGUAUUUUAAAUAAACAUCUUCGGUUUUAGGGUUAUGGCAGAUAUAUAUAAAAGUAAUUGAUAUUGAACACUUUGAAUGUCUGCCAUUAUGCAAAUUUUAUAAUGGUUUUAUAAUGAUUCUAAAGAUUUUCUUAAUAUGGCUUUCUUUCACUGAUUAAAAGGAACCCUAAUAGAAGCGUUAUCUAUUUUUGAAAUGAAUGUAAGAAUAAAAGACUGUUGGGGUAAUACAUCAAAGAGUGUAUUUAUUUGAGAUUAGCACUUGCUUGCCUAAGAAAGAGAUAUACAUGUACAUUUUUAAUGCUUGUUAAAUGUUACAUUUAGUCUUGAUUCAACCUUUUUCAAUAAUUAACUUGAUUUCUGCCUCAGAAGAUAUUUUAAUUCAAAUAUUGCCUAAGAAAUAUAGUUAUUCCAGUUUAUUUUUGUCAAAAUGUUUUUCUCAUAGUUAUUGAAGUGUAAGUAUUUUAAAAUUGAAGUGCAAGUAUUUUAAAAAUAUUCCAUUAAAACCAAUUAACUUAACCAAUUUUACACUCUGUGAUAUUUAAUACAACCAUGACUGUUUUCCUUUCAUUAGGAAUGACCUCAAAAUCUACCCUUUUUAAGUCUUAUUUGGCCUGCCCUACUAAACUUAAGACAUAAUAGGUCUUAUGCAUAGUCAGUGCAAUGUUUUUAUUCAUACUUUAGAAACCAUUGUAAUUUCUUUGACCUUAGCGUUGCCCAAUAAAAUUUCAGACCCAGACACAUAAUAGUUCACACAUGCAGUGUGGAAUUAAAUAAAAUAGUCCUUUGUCUAAAUCUACUUAAUUUUAAUAGCAGGAUUAAUGUCAAGCAUGCAUGCAUAAUUCCACGUAUUGAAGUAUGUAUUUUAUCAAUUUAAGUUUUUCUUUUGGCAAUGAAAGUAAAUAGAAACAUUUAUGUUUAUGUUUAUAACUACUUCUGUUGAGGGGUUUAAAUAUUAUUAAUUAAAUGCAGACCAAUGUUUGAAGUCUUUUCCUGUCUUUGUUAGCCUUCAAGAGAGGAGUUGACAGGGUGAAUAUGAAGUCCAUGUUUAAAUAAAUAAAGCUACAAACUUAGUUAAUUUUAAUCAAUUUUGAUCAAUGCUUUGUCUUGUCAUUCGACUAUUGUAUCACUAAUCAUACUAUCUGUUUACGGUAACUAUUAGUUUAGAAGCUUUGAAUAAUUCAAAUGUGCACUUUAUAUCUACGUAUGUCUAUAUUUAUAUUUAUAUAGAAAAAUGCACCUUGUUUACUUGUAUAGUUGUUAAGUAUUUACCUUCUUACCUUGAAAAGGUAUUUUCUAUGUAUCCAAUAUGUUUUGUUUUUCCGUCUCUGCCAGUAAAUAUACCUCAUUAUUGUUGUUUAUUUUGUUAGAUUUUUCUAUUAACUCUUCUUUGUUAAGCAUGUGCUGACUUCAUAAUGGUUAAACGCACUGACAGUAUUUAAAAUGAAUUCAAAAUUCACAACAAUUCAUUUAACAAAUACUCCUGCACCAGAACUAUACAUCAUUUAUCAAUAUUAUAAUACUAAAUUUAUUUUGUUGUAUUAAAGCUGCACUCUCACAGAUAUACCCUUUGUACAACUUUUUUAUUUAUUGUCUUGGAAAGAGCGUAAAAUCUGCAUACCAAUGAUAAAAGAUUGCUGACAAAAGGUCAGAUCGCAGAUUUUCAUAUUUCCGUUCGAAAAUUAAUGUUUUAUGGCUUAAACAGUUACAAACGGUUUAAGAUAAAUCCAUAACACAUCAAUUUUUGAAUUUAAAUAUGAAAAUCUGUGAUCUAAUUUUUUGUCAGCACUCUUAAAUAAUUGGUUUCCAUGCAUAUUCGCAAAAAUUGGUUCGUUCUAAGAGAAAAAAUAGAAAAGUUGUCAAAACGUUCAAUCUGUGGGAGUGCAGCUUUAAAGCUAUAAAAUAUGUACAUUCAUAUCAGUGUAGCAUUGUUUCUGCAGUGAUAUGGUGCCAUGUCAGGUUCAAUAAACAAUGAAAAUGCAGGGACAAGCUCAGUAGUCAAACAUUCAAAUAUAAGUAAUAGAUAGAUGACAUGAAUUAAAAUCUUAAUGAUUAAGAAUGGGCGGAGUGAGCUUAGUCAUUAAGAUUUUAAUUCAGAUCAUCUAACUGACUUAGAAUACAACCUCAUUGGCUGAUUCAUUGUCAACAGAAAAUCUGAUGCGGGGAUUGUGUAUCGGAUAAGUGGCAGUGGGGGGACCUUUUAACACCUGCGAAAGUAGAAAUUGUUAAUGAUUGAGGCUAGUACUUUGUGAUUGCCUAUCUGCAAUAUCAUUGGCUGUAAUUGUUGGUUGUAUUCUAAACCUUGUUAAAUGGCAUAAGGUAGGGUCCCAAUCAUGUAGGAAGUAUUUCUUUCUCUUCAGCAUUGUGUAUAAAUAAUUGUCUUUCAAACUAAUAAAUAGAUGUAUAAAUAUCAUAAGUGCUUUGGAUAUUUAUAUGUUCUAAAUACGCUUUAAAAGAAAGUUGUUUUUAUACGUAGGAAUGUAUUCAAUAAUGCAUCUUAAUUAAGUCAUUUUAUAACUUGAGUCGAUUUCUUAAGAUUUUCAUAGUCAAAUUAAAAGAAAUAAGUGUUUUUAACAUUAAAGAAUGCUUUUUUCAAUAAGGUCAAUGAAAAAUGUAUUUUGGAAAUUCUUUAUUUUUUAUUUCAUAUGACUAAAGAGAUACCAAAAUAAGGAAAGAGACUUAAGUUAGAAAAUGACUCUUAAAGAAGUUUUAUGAGUACCGACCCAGGUAUACAAGAUUUAUUUUAUUAUUAAUAUUGCACAAUGUUGCUUAAUAUGUAUUUUUAAGGAUAGUUUUUUGUUUUAUUACUUAUAAAUAAGUUAACACAUUUGCAACAUUGCUAAAAAUACAAAAUAUAUAUCGAAAUUACCCUUGAUAGUGUUUUCGUUAAAUUACUUAUAGGUUGCACAUGUACAAUGUAUAUUAAAGAUGUCAAGGAGGAAUAUUCUCGUAUACAAUAUGUAUUUCAUAACUAAAUUUUGGAUCUGCACACCAUUGCUAAUAUAACAGAAUAUAUGAUGAAAUUUUUCUGGAUAGUUUGUAUCGUCAAAUUACUUAUAGAUGGCGCAUAUACUGUAUAAAUACAAUGUUGCUUAAUAUAACAGAACAUAUAUCGAAAUUAUUCUGAUAGUGUGUUUUAUUAAAUUAUUUUUAGGUUACACAUUUACCAUGUAUAUUAUUGUAAUGUCAAGGAGGAAUAUUCUGUGAAUUAUUCCUUGUCUUUGGAUUCUUGUACAAAUAACUUCAUUGGUAUCAACCCAACACUUUUGGUUCAAUAGACUGUUUCCUUUUGUCUGUUUGUUAAGCUUGCUUAGAAAAUUAUUAGUAAAUGAAGUCAUUCCUAUUUUUUAUAUAUUAAUGUAAUGCUUUCACAAAUUUAUAAUGUUUCCUUAUCAAUGAUCUGAUAGUACUGUUUAAUGAAAUAUGCUUGAUUAAAUUUGGAAAACCA